GGCGCUGGUUAACGCCAUGACACUUCGUCAUUGGCGACAGCUGUGUGUUGACAUCGGAUCCCAAGUGGAAGACGCCCCCUGUAAUAUACACCCGUGCUAUGGAGGGUAUGUGAUGUUAGAGGCUCCGCGACGAGUGCUGGAACAACAUCACAUUAACGUUAUUAAUUGGUUUGGUUUAUUUAUCGCAUGACAUAAAAUAUUAAGUCUACUGAAGCUGCUGGUAAUGGUGUAUCCGUUAUGCCUCUCUUCGAGUGUCGGUACAGUGUGGUGAGUGAUUUCCGGUUUGAUGUAUCGCCACUAACGAGGAUCCAUUCACCAGGAAUUAACCUAGCUGUGUCAAUGCAACAUACAGCGAUGAAUCUAUCUGGGUAUUACUCCCGUUGUUUGAGUGUGCUCGCUCGCAGCUGUGGAGCGAAAGACACAGGUACACUAUAAUGACUGAUCACUUUCAGCGAUGACAAAAUUCACUUAAACAACCGAUCUCAACUGGGAGAAGGAUUGACUUUCAGCUGGGAGUGUUGAGGUUGUCCCGGGGAGCCAGUACCCGCCUGUGGUCGGACCGCCUGGCCAGACAGGGUGACGGAGGAGGAAAUGGAACGCGUCAUGUUGGAUAUAAAAACACUAGACUAUUUCUCUAGCACACAUCUUCAAGACACAAGACAUUUUGUAUAAGUUUCCACGAUACCUUCGAACCUAGGUUCAAGCAGCCAGUUAUCCAGUAGGCCAUUCCUGAGCGACUGUAUUUGGGGGACCAAGAUGACAGGAAGCACCGUGAGUUCCCUGGCACUGACUCUGAUGCUGAUACUAUGGACGUCUGGACCGGACAGUGUUCACGGUCUUCCUUUAAGCUGCCAGUUACGGAACAAUCCAAACAGAGCAAGUCUCAGUUUGACACCCGUCACGAGGGCGGAAGUGUACGUAGCGGAUGUUGUCUCUCUGCUCAGCUAUCUUCAGUGGGCAACCAUCACGGUUCUCCAUGAUACGGAUUCAGAAGCAUUUGUCGAUGACAUACUAUAUCUUGCUGUUGAGAAACUGCGAGGAGUUCGUUACCUCAUUCAUAACGUGGAGCACAUGGUGGAAGACAAUGCUGAUAUACACACCCUGCUCCAGAGUUUACAUACCAGCUUAUACCCCCAGCCUAACAUCCUCCUCGUCGGUCGGCCGGCCUUCAUCCUCUCCAUCACGUCCCAAGUCAGUUCUCAUGACGACCAAUCAAAUCGCACAACUGACUUUCGUCAUCUGUCAAGAUGGCUGCUCGUGACUGACCUUGACCGUCAGUUCUUGGAUAGCCUGGUACACAACGUUGGUGACCUUGAGAAUGUAGCUGCCGUGUACAGAUCCGACGCAGGGUCAAGGGAUGAGGUGGGAAGUAUACCGACCAACAACAGCAUCAACAUCCUCACCUACUCUCGGUCUUGUCCUCCAGAUUUCAUUCACGUCAAAAUAACGCCACCUGUACUCAAGGGGAGAUCACUCUUACUCGCAGUCUACCCUAAUACGAAAUACGGGUACAACAACAGAACUAUACUUGUGUCCACGUUGAUGUACGCCCCCUUUACCAUGAGAAGACAAGAGAGAGGAGAAGUCAUCUACGAAGGAUACUGUUUUGAACUUCUCAAUGUUUUAGCCAAGGAUCUGAAUUUCAGUGUUCAGCUUGUGGAACCCGCGGACGGUGAAUGGGGCCUCCUGGUAGACGGCAAGUGGACGGGCUUGAUUGGUCAACUACAGCAGAGGGACGUGGAUAUGGUGGUGGCGCCCCUCACAAUACACGAGGACAGGGAGAAAGUCAUGGAUUUCCUACUGCCCCCCUUCUACACGGAGAAUGUUGACAUCUUGUAUAAAUUUGAGGACGUGAGCGAAUCGGACAUCUUGGUCACCGUCAAACCCUUCAAGUACAUGGUGCUGGUGUGUCUGGCCGCUGCCGUUGUCGUCGUCUUCAUUAUGAUUUUCUGCAUAGAACAAUUCUCCCUGUAUAUGGCUCAUGAAAGCAGAAAGACCGAUACGAGGCCGAAAUCUCCAAUUUCACAACAGUCUUCCAGAUUGAUGUCUUCAUUUUGCUCUGCACUCUGCUUUGGUGACGAUCCAGUAGAGCACUUGCAGUUGAUCUUCUGGAGAGUAUUUGGAUCUGUGUUUAAGCAGGGCGACCCGUGGACGUCCGAGACGACUCCAGGCCGCAUCCUGAUGACGUCUUGGUGGUUGCUGACGGUGGUGCUAGCGGCAGGAUACAGCGCCUACCUUGUGGCGAUCUUCACCGUCGAUAUCCGCGUCAAGCCGUUUUCAUCGCUACAGGACGUUGUAGAUUCCCCCGACUACAAGAUUGGCAUCAUGUCCACUGGCAUCAUCAAACUCAUCUUUGAGAAAUCCAACCAGGAUGACUUCAAAGAUGCAUGGCAAAAGGUUGUUCAAGCCAACAAAACAGAUUCCCGAGUGUUGGCCGGAAGUGAGGCCGAGCACCUCCAGCACGUGCUUGGUGGCAAGUACUGUUGGAUUGUUGACGUCACCACUGCCGAGAAGGCGCAGGCAACCGACUGUUCUCUCGAGACGGUGGGGGUUAGACUUAAUGGCCAGAAUCUCGCUCUGGCUGUUCCGACAAACUCCCCUCUGAAAGCAGCAGUGGAGAACACGAUGGCAGCCAUAGCAGACAGCGGUUUGUUGGAGAAAUGGUGGAAACACUGGCAGAAGCCCCGGACGCCUGAUAUGUGUCCAGCGCCACCAGAUGUCCACCCCAUAAUACUCAAGGACGUAAUGGGCCCCGUGUACAUCGCACUAGGGGGCGUGGCUGUAGCUGGCCUGUUCCUGCUUCUGGAGCUGCUCGUGCAUCACGUGCAUCUGCUCCAAACCGGAAGUCAAGUGGACAAAACACCUAUGUGAUUUAGACUGACUGAAAGUUAUGAAGAUAUCAGCUGUAGAUGACGUGUAUGUGUGUUGUUGAGGACACCUGGUCUUGCAUCUGUAUUGCUUAGUAAUGCUAAUGUACAGGUCCUGUACGCCAUGCCCACAUUCGCCAUUGUAGUACUGGAGCAAAGGGAGAUCACUGUUGUUGGAGAUCGUGAAAACACCACGAAGUCAAAAGGAAUAACAAGAAACAGUGCUUAUAUGCUUUGAUUCUCAUAUCCCUCACUUUGACGGUGUGCUACUUAAAAAAGAAAGCGUAUACUGACUCAAAUGAACAUCAUUUCUCGUCAUUGAAUGGCUAUUGAAUAAAUGCAUAUUUAUA